GUGGCCAUUGCAAUUAGUUCAGAAUUCGCUCCGAAAGCGUUAACAGCUUGGCACGCAAAGUCUCAAAGACCAGAAUCCAACUUGAUAAUCCUCGCGAGAAAUGGCAUCCGUACGCACCAUGACCGACUUCCACAAGCGCAUCGAGGCGGCCGACGACAAGCUCAUCGUGCUGGACUUCUAUGCCAAUUGGUGUGGCCCGUGCAAGGACAUGGAAAGCACCGUCAAAUCGCUGGCCAGAAAAUACUCCACCAAGGCCGUGGUGCUCAAGAUCGAUGUGGACAAGUUCGAGGAGCUGACGGAACGCUACAAGGUGCGCAGCAUGCCCACCUUUGUCUUUCUGCGCAACAAUCGCCGCCUGGCCGCCUUCUCCGGCGCCGACGAGCACAAGCUAACCAACAUGAUGGCCAAGCUGGUGAAGGCCUAAGCCCGCCCAGCAUUGCUCAAUUCAUCUCAUCUUUCGGAGCUGGCUCAACACUGGACUAGUACUUUUUUUUUAUAUUUUAGCCAUGUUCGCACCAAUUGUGUUCUUUAUGUGUUCAACGUCUUAGCCAUAUUAUUAGUGGUAGUUUUUUCAUGUGAUGUUUAGCUUGUAAGCGAUGUGGGAGCAGGAGAUGCGCGUGUGGCCACCAGGAGCCGUGAUUGACCUUAACUCGAUGCUGAUAUUUUAUGAUAUAUGAUUGGGGACGUGGAGGCGUGUCUGCGACAUUGACCUCCAGUUCCAGUUUCAAAUAGCUUUAAGAUCCCAGGCAUUAAGCAAAAGCAAUUCGAUCAAUAAAUUGUAACCACUCCUGACUAAUAA